AUAUUGACUAUAUUCUCCCAACCCAGCACCAAGGAUGUUUGUGCGUGCCUGGCACGACUGCUGUUACAUCGCGGUCGUUGCCGUCGUCAUCGCUGUCGUUGUCAUUCUCGUUGUCGUUGUUAUUCCUGUUGUCAUCGUCGACUUUGUUACUCUCGUUGAAUUGUAAUUGUCAUUGACGGAUUCGAGCGUCGUGUAAUCCGCGACACAGUGUUAACAUUUUUGAUAGAAUUGACACUUGCUGUCCGUGAGAUAUGUCAAAUCAAAUAUGUCUAAAAUGGAACAGUUUUUUAAACAACAUCGCCACGAGCUUCGAAAGCCUUUGGGAAGAAAAAGGUCUGGUGGAUGUGACAUUGUCAAGCAAUGGACGGUGUCUUAAGGCGCAUAAAGUGAUUCUCUCGGCUAGCAGUCCUUUUUUCAAGAAAGUUUUCCAGACAAAUCCCUGUCACCAUCUUGUUAUAUUAUUUAAAGGUGUGCACUUCAGCGAAUUGCAAGCAUUACUUAUAUUUAUAUAUAAAGGGGAGGUAAAUAUAGAGCAGAAAAAUUUACCAGCCCUGUUGGAAGCUGCAGAGGCCUUGCAAAUUCGUGGGCUUUCCGGGGGAGAUAUAUUUGCUAAAGAAUCGUAUAAAAAAUUAGCAGAACUGGAGCAGGCAGUGGAAGAAAGUGUGGUAACAGCUAAGGAAGAAACUUCAAGAAAGAAACAGAAACUUAAUAAACAUCAAAAUUCUAUAUUAGAAUCAGCAUUGACACCUAGAAUAUCACAGUUAGAAGGGACAGAUGAGUCCACAACCAGUGAUCAAGGUAAAAAAGAAGGGGAUUAUCCUCUUCCAAAGAACAUGCUUCAAAAUCCAAUUUAUCAGCGUUUGGAAAUGAAAAUAGAACCAAUAGAAACAGCAGUGGACAAUGCUCAGAAACAGCCAGCAACAGAUAAAGAUCCAGCUGAAAGAUUGGACACUGGUCAAAGUGAUGGAAAUCAAGAAAUGGCAGAUAUUAAACCAGAUCAUAAAGUUGAAGAUACUGAUAAUUAUGGAAUGGGUAAUAAUGCGGAACCAAAAAAUAUGCAAGAAUUGACAGAAUAUGUACAAACACUACUACAAAAUAUGCAGGGUAAAUUUCAAACAAUGUUAGAUCAAAUUCUUGGAAAAAUAGAUGAAAUGGGAAACAGGAUAGAUGAUCUAGAAAAGAACAUCACAGACCUAAUGACACAGGCUGGUGUAGAAGGAGGUGAAAAAUGAUCAUAUCUAUUAUAAGAUUGAUUUUGAUAUACAAACAAAAACAUUUUUAAUAUUGGUUAAUGCUAUUGGUCAAGAAUGAUAUCUAAAGGUUAUUGAUAUGUACUUUUAGUUAUAAAAGAAAUAAAUCACCUUUUUUGCAGUAAA